AAUGUGGUGGUAGUGGUGUUGGGAAUAAUAAUGGUAGUGGUGGCUGCUAUGUUUGGAUCAUGAUGGUGGUGGUGGAUAUGAUGGUUGUUCUUAAGGUUAUAUAAUAGUUAUUGUGGUGGUCAUGAAAGUGUUACAGGCAUUUCUGUAUUAGUUGUUGUGGUGUUUGUGAUGGUGUGGUGGUCGUGGUGAGGUGAUGUCAGUGGUGUUGGGAACACUGGUGGUAGUGAUAGGUAACGGUGUUUUUCUCCGUAGUUUGAUGAGACUUUGAGUGUCGUAUUGACAGUGGUGGUGAUGGUCGUAGUGUCAGGAGUGGUAGUUGUAUUGAUGGUGUUAGUGGUUCUUAAAUAAUAAUACAAACUCAAACCCGCCCCGCUUAUUCCUCAUUUCGAUCCUCAGUCUACUUUCAAUAACUGCCCGAAUGUUUACCACACAAUUGCAUGUCUGUGUAAUACUAUAUAUUAGCAAUGAACAAUCAACAUAGUUACCAACCGUGUGCCCAGAGACAUGUGUUUUUUAAAAUAUAAUUUCGCAUUACUUGAUGCUGACAUUCACAAAAAAACACGGGACAAAAGUGGACAAAUCACGCAAAACAGAAUGGGGAGGGAGGCAAGGCGCAGGCUUUGAAUUGCGCCGAGAAACCGUAAAGAGGAACACGUGGAUUCGAUUUCUGUGUGCGUUUAGUUUGUUCUCCUUCCCACGCACCUCCGAUUGGCACGAUUGGUUCCGUACGGUGGUGCGACAAAAAUCUAGUUUCAACAUCCGUACGUACGUAAGAAAGCGAACAGACGUCGUAUUGGACAGAGAAGACAAGCGAGCCGACCUGGGAAGGACAAGUAACCUGGAAGAGAUGAUGAUGAUGGCCCGUGGUCGAAACUCAAGGCUCAAGCGACAAAUCAGAAGUCACACCCCGAUAAUAAAAAGCCACGAACACCACGGACAGAUAGAUCAAAUCCGGCUCGCGUUUGCGAAGGUCCUUGAUGGAUUGUUAAACAUCGCGGGUCCGUGAAGAACGGUGCGACUGCUUGCGGGAAGUCUUUAUUCAGCAGUGGAUUGAUAAUGAUUGAUGUUUGUUGAUAGUGGUGGUGGUGGGAGUAGUGUGGUGGUGUUAAGGGAUGAUUGUGGAGGUGACGGAUGUUGUUGCGGUGUGGGGGAAUGGUGGCGCAAGUGAUUGUCGCGAAUAUUUGAAACUGUUGUGGGAUUUCCCUAGAUCGACUCCGCCUUAAAUGAGUACAUGAGUGUGGUGUGUAAACAUUAGUGCUUGGGACACAAAUGUGACCGAGCGUGGUGUUGGCCACCCACCCCCUCUCGUGUGCAGUUCCGGCUUUCAAAAGGUGCUCGCAAAAAACCCUUUACAGCCUAUUAAAAUAUAUGGGGGGGGAUCUUUGUCAUGGUUAUAGUAGCUGGUAGUUGGUGGCGGCUGGGAUGUGAUUGUGGUGGUGGUACUGUUGGUUUUGUUGGUCGUGGUAGCGGCGUUUUUAUUGCUGGUGGAAGCGGUGAUUAUGGUGAUGAGUGGAUGUGCUGCGAGUGUUGGUACGGUGGUGUUGAAGCGGCUAGUUGUGGUAGCGGGUAGUGGUGUUGCCGGCAAUGGUGAUGCUGGUCGUGGUGCUUGUAUUUAUGACGGUGGUGGUAGUCGUGUCGGUGUUGAUGCUGCUGGCGGUGGUGGUAAUUGUAGUGUCGGUGUUGAAGCUGGUAGUCAUGGUAGCGGUGGUGGUAUUUAUAGCGGUGGUGGGACUGUUGAUAGUAGUGAUGGUGCUAGCUGGUAGUCGGGGUAGUGAUGGUGCUGGGAUAGUGAUGGUGCUUGUCGGUGGUGCUGAUGAAACUCGUAGUCGUGAUGGUGUUUAUGGUGCCGAAGCUGGUAGUUAUGGUAGUCGUGGUGAUGCUCGUGUCGGUGGUGCCGAUGGUGGCGUUGUUGAUGACGGCCACACCGACUUUGAUGUCCGCGAUUGCUCACAGACGCUCAGUUCCGCGUAACAAAACCUGACUCUUCUGGAGGACGCUGCAAAGGUGGGGGGGGGGCACGUGCCGGUGAAGGCGGCGGAAGCGGCGUCGUCGUCUUCCUCUUCGCGAUGGACAAGUGCCGCCACGUGUUCCGGCUGCGUCUCGCCCAGGACCACUCCAUCAUGAACCCGCAGAAGUGGCUGUGUGCCGAGUGCGGCACCACCGAGUCGGUGUGGGCCUGCCUCGGCUGCUCGCACGUCGCCUGCGGACGCUACAUCUCGGAGCACGCCCUCCUGCACUACCAGAACACAGGCCACCCGCUGGCGCUGGAGGUGAACGAGCUGCACGUGUACUGCUACGCGUGCGACGACUACGUCCUCAACGACAACGCGACGGGCGACCUGCGCCUACUGCGGUCCACGCUCAGCGCCGUCACGAGCCAGCGCUACCAGCUGACCACGCGCAGUGGCCGCACGCUCCGCUCGGGCACCGGCGACGAUGCACGGCCCAGCGAGCGGCGCGUGGAGGCCCAGCUGCGCGCCGAGGACCGCAUGUUUACCGCGCUGUGGCACCGGCGCCUGGCGUUGGCGCGCAAGGUGUUUGCGGCGUGGGCGGGACUCACGGCGAGCGGGCGGCGCCGUGCGCUGCACGAGUCGGACACCGCCCAGGAGCAACGGCGCCGCGAGGACGCGCAGAGGGAGCGGCAGGAGCGCAGGCGGCGACACAGAGAGGAGAUGUCCAGCCGGCCCCCGAGGAAGAGCCCUCGUCUGAGCAAUGUCGCGCAGCACCGCAACCACCGAGCGCCCGCGCCAACGCCAGCCGCCUUGCCUCCCCGUACCGGGGAGGCGGUCGCCAUGGCGAUGCUACUGACCCCUCUCCCGCCGUCGCCUGCCCCGGCGCUGCCUCCAGACGCACCGUCCCCUCCGCUGAAGCGCAGGCCGACGGUCACCCCCGGCGUGACGGGGCUACGCAACCUGGGCAACACGUGCUACAUGAACUCCAUCCUGCAGGUGCUGAGCCACCUGCAGGCGUUCCGCCAGUGCUUUCUGCUGCUCGACCUGAGCGGCGCCGGCUCCGACCCCGGUGCGACCUCGUGGCCUCUCGAGGGCGACGAUCCGACGGGCCCCCGGCGGCAGCGUCGCCAUGUGGGGCUGGCCCGCCAGCUCUCGGAGCAGUGCUACCGCGAGGCCACGGGGCUGGGGCAGGCGGCGGCCACCGUCACGGACAGCGCCAGACGUGAGAGCCGCAGGGCCGGGCUGAGCGGCGGGGGUGGCGCAGAGAGAGUGACGCACGGGCAGCAGCAGCAGGUGCACGGGCAGCAGCAGCAGCAGCGGGAGGAGGAAGAGGAGGAGCGCGUGUCUCUCUGUCACGAGUUGCACACGCUCUUCAGGGUCAUGUGGUCCGGGAAGUGGGCGCUAGUGUCGCCCUACGCGAUGCUGCACUCGGUGUGGCGCCUCGUGCCGUCGUUCAAGGGCUAUGCGCAGCAGGACGCUCAGGAGUUCCUGUGCGAGCUGCUUGACAAGGUGCUUCAGGAGCUGGAGGCGGCGGCAGCGGCUGCGGCAUCAUCCUCUUCCGCCGGGCCCGGCUCCCCAGUGUCGCCGGUGUCACCAGUGUUGCCAUGGCCUCCGGGGCCGCCCCACGCCAACGCGGCGCCCGUGUCCCCGUUCCCACGCCUCCCGCCAUCACCGCUCUCCCAGCGGAAGCUCGUCCGCCAGGUGCUACGGGUGGUGGCGAGCAUCUUCCAGGGGGAGCUGCUGAGCCAGGUGACGUGCCUGUCAUGCGCGCAUACGUCACGGAGGAAUGAGCUAUUCUGGGACCUCUCGCUCGACUUCCCCGAGCGCUACCACGGCCUGGUCAAGGCAGUGGAGAGCGAUGGUGGUGGCAGCAGUGGCUGCAGCACUGGUGGCAGCGGUGCUGGUGGCAGCACGAACGGCGGCUGCACCCUCACCGAGAUGCUCGCCAAGUUCACCGAGACAGAGGCACUGGAUGGCGGGAAAGUGUACUCCUGCGACACGUGCAACGGCCGGCGACGUCGCUCCUCCUCCAAGCAGCCGAUACUCACCGAGGCGCAAAAGCAACUGUUGGUGCACAGACUGCCGCGCGUGCUACGCCUGCAUCUCAAGCGCUUCAGGUGGUCAGGCCGAAAUCACCGCGAGAAGAUUGGCGUGCACGUGGCGUUUGAGCAGCGACUCUGCAUGACGCCGUACUGCAGCCAUGACGGUGGUGGCGGCGGCGGCGGCGGCGGUGGUGCCGACCCCAGCACAUACGACCUCUCAGCCGUGGUGAUGCAUCACGGGCGAGGCUUCGGCUCGGGACACUACACGGCGUACUGCUACAACGCCGAGGGCGGCUUCUGGGUGCACUGCAACGACUCGCGGCUGGACGUGGUGUCCGUGGCGGAGGUUUGCCGUGCCCAGGCCUACAUCCUCUUCUACACGCGGUGCCGUGCCGGCGGCUCCCAGGCUCCCGCGUGCCCCUCCAGCGUCCCCGCCAUGUCCCCCCACGCCCCCCCCAACCGCGCCACCAACACUGCCGGGAGGAGGCGCAGGCGGAGGCUCGACCUCUCAUGAGCUCUCGUGCUCGCAGGACAAGACUCUCGUGCACCCGUGCACGCACGACCAAGAAAAGCCUUAUACAGGUGACCUCGCCGUCAGCUGGAAAUGUCUGUGACACUAAAAGCCCUCUUGCUCCAAAGCCAGCCUUGCCUGGUCUCUUCUGUACCUGCUGUCUGUUUUACAUCCGGUUCACAGCUCGUUGUUUGCAAUGAUGAUAUUUUUUUAUUCAGUCGCCAUACCUGCAGGACCUCGCGUUGUGCCGUGGAAUGGCUCCCCGGAAGAUGUUUCUUUCAUGGGCCCCUCUAACCCUAAACUGGAAUUCACACAAUUAUGCACUGUGCCGACUGAUUUUAAUGGAAUGAAUAUGUCCUCAGGGCCGGAAUAUGCAAAAUCAAGGCAAUAAAAGAAACAUUUUAUAUUACGAUUUAUUAAUGAAUUCGUUGAUGGCUGACUAUGAGCUCACCGCAUAUGAGAUUCAUUCACCGGCAGCUGCCCGCAUUCAAACUAAUGAUCCCGACAGUGCCUGCUCUGUGCUUUGACGAGGCCGGUAUGGAGUCGUCUUGAGUCUCUUCGCCACAAGUCAUUAUCAACGACGCUUCCCAUCCCGCGCCGCCGGGGGCCCCCAUGUGGCCGUGACGUAAAUUCACUGGCCACGUUUCACGAGAUCCGCGAGGAGAGGGCCACGCCUCCUAAGCCGACGGCCGAGUCGCGCUGACGUCGCUGCGUUUGGUCCACGGCUGCAAAGCGCGGUCGUCCUCGCCUUGCUGCGCCGUGUUUUUUGCUCCAGAACUUCGAGCCGCCCCACCGCGUGGGAAUCUGGUCCAAGAUUAUAUAUUAAACUAAAACGCCAGCCUCGUGUUUCAGUUGUGCUUCGUUGUCGCCGUGUUGCCGCUUGUUUUUGUUUAAACGAACUGCACGAUGUUUAAUUGGCGUUUAUAGAUUUUGGGAGAGAGAGCGAUUUUGUUUUUUUACAAAGUGCGAACGCACAAUACUAUUUUGUGUAAUUUUUUUUAAACAUGGAAGUGCCCUGCUGUGUAAAUAUGUACGGCCCACGGUUACCAGCAGUCGUGCGCUCGAUUGCCUCAGCUCAGGACCCCGCGCUCGCGCUCUUGUUAUUAGCAGGAGAAAAAGCUUUAAUGCGCGAGCAUUUAUUAUCGUGUUUUAGUAUUAAACAUGAGAGAGAGGAGGAG